UCUACGCGUGCGUGUAAAGGUCAAGAUGGCGGCGCUGUGCAGGAACAUAAUUCGGGUUUCUCUGCCAAUAUGUCAUAUUCGUCCUCAACUUUAUCGGGGCUACAGCGCCGGUUCAGCCUUCCAGUACAUCCUUGUAGAAAAGAGAGGACAGAAUCAAAAUGUAGGUCUGAUCCAGCUGAACCGUCCCAAGGCUCUAAAUGCCCUUUGUGAUGGGCUAAUGACUGAGAUCAACCAGGCUCUUGACUCAUUUGAGGAAGACCCCCAGGUCGGGGCUAUUGUCAUUACCGGGAGUGAGAAGGCAUUUGCUGCGGGAGCUGACAUUAAGGAAAUGCAGAAUAGGUCAUUUCAGGAGUGCUAUGGCGGUAGCUUCCUUUCCCACUGGAAUCGCGUGUCCACUGUCAAAAAGCCAGUAAUUGCUGCAGUUAAUGGAUAUGCGCUUGGAGGAGGGUGUGAGCUGGCCAUGAUGUGCGACAUCAUAUAUGCUGGAGAGAAGGCUCAGUUUGCGCAACCGGAAAUCCUGCUUGGCACUAUCCCAGGUGCAGGUGGCACUCAGAGACUUACAAGAGCUGUAGGCAAAUCCCUGGCCAUGGAAAUGGUACUUACAGGUGACCGUAUUUCAGCAAAGGAGGCCCAACAAGCAGGGCUUGUAAGCAAAGUAUUUCCUGUGGACAAAGUUGUAGAAGAGGCUAUUGACUGUGGAGAAAAGAUAGCCAGAAACUCCAAGCUCAUUGUAGCCAUGGCAAAAGAGGCUGUUAACGGCGCUUUUGAACUGUCAUUGUCGGAAGGCAACAGACUCGAGAAACGACUCUUUCAUUCAACAUUUGCUACAGAUGACCGCAAGGAAGGAAUGACUGCUUUUGUAGACAAGAGAAAGGCCAACUUCACAGACAACUAGAAAAUUGGUUAUGGUUAAACAAUCAAAUGUUUGUGCUCUUGAAACCUAAAUCAGAGGUGGCAAACCUUUUUCAGACCGUGUCCCCAAAUUGGCAUUCAUCUCCUAGAAAAAAACCAAAACAAAUAUUAUCAGUGCCCAUGUUACCACUUUUAAAAUUGAAAGGGACAUUGACGUUUUUGGAUAUAUAGGAUGGAUUUGUAUAAAAAGAAUGUAUUAAGCACUGUAAUUGUAACCAAGUGGUAUGGUGGUAGCCAAGAGGCAGAAUGCCAGCAAAUGUGUUAUAAGUGCCACCUUAGCUAUUCAUGUCUUACGAUCCCUAGUUUGCCAUCCUUACCCUAAAUUAUGUUACAGUAAAGCACUUAGAGAGCAAAUGGUUAAUGUCUUCCAAAUCUGAAUGCAGAAAUCCCAUUAUUUGGAGCUACAGAUUUGCUGUCUCUGAAUUAAAAUUUCAGCUCAGAUAAUCUGAAGUGGAACAUAAAUUUCUUUUUGAACCUAAAGAUUUGUACAUGUGAACUUCAUCUGAGAAGGGGAAUCAAUAUGUUUAAUUUUACACUAAUUACAAAUAAAUAUAUCUAUUUCAGUAAA